AUGCCUCAACAACCGCCUGGCAAACAACGGUCGGCGAACGCCUGCAACACUUGUCGGCGUCGCAAGGUGAAAUGUUCAGGCGAGCAGCCUUGUCGCAAUUGUGUCAGAAACAAACUUGACUGUGAAUUCGGCGCCGGCCGCCAACGAUACUCUGAAGCUUAUGUCCAGGAGCUUAGGGCAACCGUAACUCGAUAUGAGUCGCAAAUCAGAGAGCUUAAACAAUCAACACCCGCUCCAACGCAAGGCGGGGUUUCAGUCGCCUUGGAAAAUACACUUGGCAUUGCUCCUACAGAACCAACAGGCGAGGUACCUCCACCUCCAAGCUACUCCUCUAUAGAACGCGCUCCUGGUCCGCUAUUUGAACAACGCGUCAGGAAUCUAUUUCAUAAUUCAGGCAGAGACUCUCCGGAGCAGGACUCCCCUGAGAGCAACUCGCAUGAGAACCAACAAGAUGCCCCCUUCACUCCAGAAUGGACCUCAACCGAGGAGUUGAUUAGGGGCAUCCCUCCUCAGACCAUGCCCACGGAAGCCGAAUCAAAUCGUCUUCUUGGCCUUUUCAACGACUAUAUGAGCGGAAAUCAACAUUUUAUCGACCAGCGAACCUUUGCAGACAACUUGACAUUACUAUUUCAAAACCAAGCCACUCGAGCCAAACAGCUGAACAGCCCCUGGUUCACACAAUACAUGCUGGUGAUGGCUAUGGGAAAGUUAAUGGAAGCGGACAGGAGGAUAUACGACGGCCCUCCGGGAGCAUUCUAUUUUGCCGAAGCUAUGAGGCGGUUUCCACCACUUCAUAGCAUUAGCGAGUAUGGCAUAGUUGCUGUUGAGAUUUUGUGUCUUGCAACAACUUAUCUCCAGUGGUGCGACAGAAAGAAGGAUUCAUAUUUCUUUGUUGGUACAGCUGUACGACUAGCUCUCACGUUGGGCUGCAACUUGCCGUUUUCUGAGCAGCAAUGUCUUCCUUCAGAAAGGGCACAUCGAACUCGAAUUUGGUGGACUGUCUAUAUGCUCGACCAACGAAUCUCUGCAGGACUUGGUUUGCCGGCAUCUGUCGAUGACAGACAAAUAACCUUUGACCUUCCUGGCCCGUCACCUGGUUUUGAAUCCCCUGAAGCGUUGAAUAUCAACGUACGGAUUGCCCGUGCCACUUCUGAGAUAAUGACGUCACUAUACAGUAACGGGGCUUUGUCUCAGGGCGAUCUGAUCAAAAAGAUGCGGAAUGUUCUCCAGUCAUUAUACGACACUGGACGGUCCAUUCCAGCCAACAUUGCCAUAGACUUCAAGAAUAAGGAACUCGAAGUCACGAGAGCAGGUUCAUCACUCUACCUCAGAUUAUUCCAGGCUAUUAUUCUUUGUAUUAGACCUGUUCUCCUCCAAAAGGUCAAAGACAAAGUUCAAGACACACAAAAGCAGAUUGUCACGCCAGCUAUAUCGCAGCUAUGUUUGCUUUGCAAUGAGGCAGCCCUACGGACUAUUCGUAUUUUAUACGCCAUGAAGAAGCAAGAUGAAAUCGCUCCUUUUGCAUUUUUCGAUUUGGACGCUGCAUUCUCAGCGGCAUUUGUUCUCAUUAUGCGCGGCUUCGCUCACAAAAAUGACAGCCAGAAGCCGCCACCUCCAGAACUGCAUCAAGCUGUAGAGGUUUUGGAGUAUCUCUCUAGUGCAGGUAACAACGCAGCAUCACACCGUCUGAAAGAAAUCAGGCAAUUACAAGCCCACGUUUGGGCCUCCAGAUAUCCCCCUCCCGAAAAGGAUGACGUUCAGAUGAAGGAUUCUGAGAGUUCCUCUCGUCCGACCCGAGCCGGAGGGGCUCAUGAGCAAGGGACACCAGGACAAUCAGGGGAAGGCAGCUCGGGGUCGCAAGUAGUUUUAUCGCCUCCUGACCCCAGCCCCUCGACUCAGCCGUCGUGGGAUGGAGAGAUGUUUGGUACAGAUUCAACAGAGUCUUAUGACCCUGACACGCUAUUUGGGUUGGAUCUAAAUGGAAGUCUUGGCCAAGAGUUCAGUUUGGAAGCUGAAGGAAUUUAUGCCAGUUUCAACGAUCCUUCACUUCCGCUUACCGGAGUUGAUCAACUGGAUUGGGCCGAGUUAGAAAAGAUGAUGGCACCCGGAGGUUACGGGUCAUGA